CACAAAAAUAUUUAGUGCAUUUCAAAAUUUUUAUCGAGCAGCAUCGUAAGCGUAAGCUACAGAAACUCUUGUUAAACGUUGUGAGUAUUUUUUAAGUGAUCAUAUCCUCCACAAGUUGUCCGAGAAUUUUAUUUCGUCUGGCACAAGUUAACAAACGGAUAUCGAAAUGCAGCAAAAGAACCUAUUAUGUUUUGCUGGUUCCGUUGUGGUGUUCAUGGCUAUUUCCUUUCACUAUGCAAACGGUCUUUCGUGCUGGCAGUGCGAGGCAACCGUUAAUGAUAUUGAUAAACGCUGCCUAGAUCCCGUUAACACGACAAAAAUGAGGACUGUGGACUGUGGUGAUGGCCCAAAUGCCCGGUGCAUGAAAGAAGUGACCACCUCCAAUCACGCAGAUACUUCCAGUCAGCAUGCCAAAGUUAAACGCGAUUGCUACCAGAUACCCGCCAGCACGUCUCGCAUAGGAGCGGCCCUGUCGGCUGACAUGUUCCUGUGCAAUACAAAUUUUUGCAAUUCCGGAUUUAACCUACCUUCCAGCCCAGUUGUCUUGGCUUUGAGCUUUUGCAUUUCGGCAGUUACAAUAGCAAGCGCAAAAAAUGUAUUUUAGUGAUCUAAUAAACAGUCGCCACACCUUAAUCAGCAUUUCUGCUUGUUUAUCAGUCCCACUUCUUUGAUGUUAUUUGGGUUCUGACAUACCUCACUAGCUCCUGAUUUUCCUAAGAAUGCCAAAAUGAAUUUGAUUGUUUCUGUGCUCAUUUUGUUAUCAAUUCGAUUGUUGUAGUAUUUAUUGCGCACCAUGGUUCAACAAUAUAACAGAAAAAAUCUAG